GGUGAAAACAGUUCAUUUUGACCGGAACCAGAGGAACAGCUUUCAGGCGGAACCACACAAGCAAAGUGGACUCGGAGCCAUGGGGAUCAAGCUGUACUACACCACCGUGACCGCCUCCCGGACGGUGAAGUCCCAGCAGGCAGAGAUGAUGCGGAUCCUGGACAGCAAAAGCAUCCGGUACGAGCUCAUCGACAUCUCUGUGGGGGGGGAGCUGCGAGAUGAGAUGAGAAGCAAGGCGGGAGACCCCACAGCCGUCCCCCCCCAGCUCUUCAACGAGGACCAGUACUGCGGGAAUUAUGAAAUGUUUGCAGAGGCUGUGGAGGCAGACUCGGUGGAACAGUUUCUGAAGCUGGCCUGAAGGAGAAGAAGGUAGCAGGACAGUCUUCCUCUCUGCCCCGACUCCCCCCACCCUGCAGGGGCUCCACUUCCCGUCCUUCUGCCCCACUGGCUCCUCCACUUUCAACGCCAAAAUGAAGAAUGCCAAAAAUCCAGCUGUUCAGACGACGCGCAUUCCCCUCCUGCACCCCUGGCCUCUGCACAUGUCUCAGUUUCCUGUGUCACUUCUUUGUAAACCAGGGUCACUUCCUGCUCCUAGUCUGCGGCGAGUCCACGCGCUCUGAAAAAGUGCAGUAAUUAGGUCGACUCAUCUCAGCUGUGGCCACGUGAUCGCUGCAGAAUAAACUAAUCCAUCUGAUAACAUCCAACCCAGAAUCUGUGGAAACGCACCUCCAGUUCCUCCUUCAGGUGCUCAAAUGCUUCAUGAGGAACGAUCACAGGGGCAAAUCAUGCUCAUUAAUCUGGGUUAUUAGUCACGAGAAGCAAGAAAACUCAUCUCCAAUCUUGAUCAUGUUUAAUGUUUCCUUAUUAAAGCUCCACAAAAACUCAUUGAACACACAGAAAGUCAUGUUUACCUCUGAAACAGGGAUUUGUGUUUCCAUUAACUUCUUUCAAACGGCUGAGGGGUUAAAUUUCAAAGAUUUUUCUCCAAUUAUGAAGUUGUGUCAGAAAGGAAGUUUAUUUUGAAAAUUCCAUCCAGCAGUGGAGUUUGAAACCCCUCUCACUCUCAGAUGAUGUUGCACAAAAAAGGGAACAUUUUUCUCCAAUCACGUGAAGUCUUAAGGUCCUUGUUCAAACUGUGAUGGGAACAAUAAUUUCAGCGGAUUUUUUUUCAAAAUAAAAGCAUUUGACCAGAUGAGUCGUGUUGAUGUCCUGUAGAGUUGGCGUGUUCUAUUCACAUUUGGUGCCAACAGAGUGUAUCUGUCUGUGCCGCUGUAGUGUUAACGUUACGACAUGCUGCUCUUGCCCCCAGUGACCGAGCAGGGAUGCCGAAGUGAAAAUGAUCUGAAGAAUCCAUGCAUUUAUGAGGUUACCCAGCAGUCUUGAGGGAACGGCACGUUUGGACCUACGCCGGUUAUGGAGCUCAGCUCAGACGAAAUGUUUCUGUGCAGUCUUAAGCAGCUUUUCCCGCCCAAUCGUCUGUGUGCUUUGAUUUGGGAGCUCCUGUGAUGUUCUGUAGCUGUCUGCUUGUUGUUGAUUGUGUUCUCACGAUGAAUCUUUGUAAAGACAUUCCAGUGGUUCACUUUGGCUUUGCUUUUGGACCAACCUCCUUCGACCAAAACAGAAAAACAAAGGAGAAAAUGGGGGGGGGGAAAAGAUGCAGUUGUCUUCCAAGAAGAUUGAUUCAUGGAUUAAAAAAAAAAUACUAAAAAAU